AUGGUUCUCCUGUCACUUUGGUUGAUAGCAGCCGCUCUGGUAGAGGUUAGGACUUCAGCUGAUGGACAAGCUGGGAAUGAAGAAAUGGUGCAAAUAGAUUUACCAAUAAAGAGACAGAGUGAGUAUGAACUGGUGACUCCAGUCAGCACAAAUUUUGAAGGACACUAUCUCUCCCAUAUUCUUUCUGCAAAUAACAAAAGGAGGUCACCGAGGGACGUGUCUUCCAACUCUGAGCAAUUGUUCUUUAACAUCACAGCAUUUGGAAGAGAUUUUCAUCUGCGACUAAGGCCCAACACUCAGCUAGUAGCUCCUGGGGCUGUUGUGGAAUGGCACGAGACAUCUCUGGUGCCUGAGAAUAUAACUGACCCCAUUAAUGAUCAUCAAGCAGGAAAUGCUUCAGAAAGAAUCUGGAAAACAGAGCCUUUGCAGACUAACUGUGCUUAUGUUGGUGACAUCAUGGACAUUCCAGGAACCUCUGUUGCCAUUAGCAACUGUGAUGGUCUGGCUGGAAUGAUAAAAAGUGAUGAUGAGGAGUAUUUCAUUGAACCUUUGGAAAGAGGUAAGCAGAUGGAGGAAAAAAAUGGAAGGAUUCAUGUUGUCUACAAGAGAUCAGCAGUAGAACGGGCUCCCGUAAACAUGUCCCACGACUGCCAAUACAGAGAGUCGAAUCUGGGAGGCCUUGACGAUGUAGGUCCUAUUUCCAGCAGCAUUGACCAGCAGCUGAAGGAGGCAGUGAGACGCCGCAGACACACGGGAGAGAAUGAUUACAACAUCGAGGUGCUGCUGGGGGUGGACGACUCCGUGGUCCGCUUCCACGGCAAAGAGCACGUCCAGAACUACCUCCUCACCCUGAUGAACAUUGUGAAUGAAAUUUACCACGAUGAGUCCCUUGGAGUGCAUAUAAAUGUGGUCCUGGUGCGCAUGAUAAUGCUGGGUUACGCAAAGUCCAUCAGCCUCAUAGAAAGGGGAAACCCAUCCAGGAGCUUGGAGAACGUGUGUCGCUGGGCUUGCCAACAACAAAAGUCUGAUCCGAACCACUCUGAACACCAUGAUCAUGCAAUUUUCUUAACCAGGCAAGACUUUGGACCUGCUGGAAUGCAAGGAUAUGCUCCAGUCACAGGCAUGUGUCAUCCAGUGAGAAGCUGUACCCUGAAUCAUGAGGAUGGUUUUUCAUCUGCUUUUGUAGUAGCUCAUGAGACUGGCCAUGUGCUGGGAAUGGAGCACGACGGACAAGGCAACAGGUGUGGUGAUGAGACCGCUAUGGGGAGUGUCAUGGCCCCCUUGGUGCAAGCAGCGUUUCAUCGUUACCACUGGUCCCGGUGCAGUGGCCAAGAACUGAAGAGAUACAUCCAUUCCUAUGACUGUCUCCUUGAUGACCCUUUUGAACAUGAUUGGCCCAAACUCCCAGAACUUCCUGGAAUCAAUUACUCUAUGGAUGAGCAAUGUCGUUUUGACUUUGGGGUUGGUUAUAAAAUGUGCACUGCGUUCCGAACAUUUGACCCAUGUAAACAGCUGUGGUGUAGCCAUCCUGAUAAUCCCUACUUUUGUAAGACAAAAAAGGGACCCCCACUUGAUGGGACUGAGUGUGCUGUUGGAAAAUGGUGCUAUAAGGGCCACUGCAUGUGGAAGAAUGCUAAUCAACAAAAACAAGAUGGCAACUGGGGAUCCUGGACCAAAUUUGGCUCCUGUUCCCGGACAUGCGGAACUGGUGUCCGUUUCAGAACACGCCAGUGUAAUAAUCCCACGCCCAUCAACGGUGGUCAGGAUUGUCCUGGUGUUAAUUUUGAGUACCAGCUUUGUAAUACAGAAGAAUGCCCAAAACACUUUGAGGACUUCAGAGCGCAGCAGUGCCAACAGCGUAACUCCCACUUCGAAUUCCAGAAUACCAAACACCACUGGUUGCCAUACGAACAUCCCGACUCCAGGAAAAGAUGCCACCUUUACUGCCAAUCCAGAGAGACUGGAGAUGUGGUGUAUAUGAAACAGCUGGUGCUGGAUGGAACGCACUGUUCUUACAAAGAUCCGUACAGCAUAUGUGUGCGGGGAGAGUGUGUGAAAGUGGGCUGUGAUAAAGAAAUCGGUUCUACUAAGGUUGAGGAUAAGUGUGGCGUCUGUGGAGGAGAUAAUUCUCAUUGUCGAACCGUAAAGGGGACAUUUACCAGAACUCCCAAGAAGCUUGGGUACCUUAAGAUGUUUGAUAUACCCCCGGGUGCUAGACAUGUGUUAAUCCAAGAAGACGAGGCUUCUCCUCAUAUUCUUGCUAUUAAGAACCAGGCUACAGGCCACUAUAUUUUAAAUGGCAAAGGAGAGGAAGCCAAGUCGCGGACCUUCAUAGAUCUUGGUGUGGAAUGGGACUAUAACAUUGAAGAUGACAUUGAAACUCUUCACACAGAUGGACCUUUACACGAUCCUGUUAUUGUUUUGAUUAUCCCUCAGGAGAACGAUACCCACUCCAGCCUGACAUAUAAGUACAUCAUUCAUGAAGAUUCUGCACCUACAAUCAGCAGCAACAAUGUCAUCCAGGAAGAAUUAGAUACUUUUGAGUGGGCUUUGAAGAGCUGGUCUCAGUGUUCCAAACCCUGUGGUGGAGGUUUCCAGUACACUAAAUACGGAUGCCGUAGGAAAAGUGAUAAUAAGAUGGUUCACCGCAGCUUCUGCGAGGUCAACAAGAAGCCAAAACCUAUUAGAAGGAUGUGCAAUAUUCAAGAGUGUACACAUCCACUCUGGGUCGCCGAGGAGUGGGAGCACUGCACCAGAACCUGUGGGAGUUCCGGCUACCAGCUCCGCACCGUGCGCUGCCUGCAGCCGCUCCACGACGGCACCAACCGCUCGGUGCACAGCAAGUACUGCUCUGCCGACCGGCCAGACAACCGGAGGCCCUGCAACCGCGUGCCCUGCCCCUCCCACUGGAAAACAGGGCCCUGGAACGAGUGUUCGGUAACCUGCGGGGAAGGAACGGAGGUGAGGCAGGUCCUCUGCAGGGCGGGAGACCACUGUGCAGGGGAGAAGCCCGAGGCCGUCAGAGCGUGUCAGCUGCCUCCCUGUAAUGAUGAGCCGUGUUUGGGAGACAAGUCCAUAUUCUGUCAAAUGGAGGUGCUGACGCGAUACUGCUCCAUACCAGGUUAUAACAAGUUAUGUUGUGAGUCAUGCAGUAAGCGCAGUAGCACCCUGCCACCCCCAUACCUUCCAGAAGCUGCAGAAACUCAUGGUGAUGCUGUCUUUAACCCUAGCGACCUCCCUGGAGCUCUAGUGAUGCCUACAUCUUUGGUUCCUUACCAUCCGGAGCCCCCUGCAGAGAAGAAAUCUCUGAGUAGGCUAUCUUCAGUGGGAGGUCCAAAUGCCUUCACUGCUUCCAGGCCACACAGUAAACCUGAUGGUGCUAAUUUCCCCCAGAGGAGAGCUCAGCAAGCAGCAAGUAGGACUCUGAGACUGGUGUCCCCGGCCACCAGGAGUGGCGCCCUCAACUCCUCCUCAGAAGUGCCUACUGCCCGCCUCCUCGCAGUGAGUGAUUCCACGGGUGCUGCUUCUCAGGCAAGAACCUCAAAGAAAGGUGACAAAAUUGCUGACAAGAGCCAUCCGGUCAGAUCAUCCGCUUUGGAAAGAUGA